UGAUUUGUUUGCUGAAGUGUGUAAGUGCGUUAAUAGUUUGUUUGACGUAAAGUGAAAAGUGUAUUUUAAUGCAGAUUUUUAAAAGUUUAUUUAGAAAAUAAUUUCUUUUCACAGAAUUAAAAAGUAAAUUAAAGGAAGAGACUUCCCAUCAUUUUAAAAUACGGUUAGAAAAGACUACAUUGACGUGUGGAGCACCAUUUUUUAUCAAGAUUAUAAUAAAAGAGUAAUUACAAAUAUUAAUUUUUGUGUCUAAUUGGAUUACGAUUUAUGAAAAUUAAGGCAAAUUUCAAAAAUUAAGACAGCACACAAGCAAUUCAUUUGUCCCAUUUGUGUGAAUCCCAAUCUUGGUGCCAGUACUGAACUAGAGUUAUUGUUACAUUCGCUGUGGAAGCUGCUUCGACCACUAAAGUCAGUGCCAAACUCUUACUUAACAAUCUGCAACCUGUCUAUCUUUGAGUUGCAGUAAUAUUUUUGGGAUUGCAUUUUCAGGCCUAGCGACAUAUCUGGCAUAUCUGGCAUAUCUGACGAAAUUGUCGCAGUUAGUCACUCAGUUGGUAAUACAAAUAUUGGAACUAAUCUUUAGUUAAAGAUUAGAAUUUCGCUGUGCGGAAGACAGACGACUUUGUUUGUUGGUGUUUGGAGAAAGAUAUAAUAAAUUAAAAUGGAACGAGAACAGAAUCCGAUGCAACCCAUGUGCCGUUCUGGUUGUGGUUUUUAUGGUAAUCCCGCUACAGAUGGACUUUGUUCAGUAUGUUAUAAAGAUUCUUUAAGAAAAAAGCAACAACCACCAGUUAGUAGCACACCCGUUUCUGUUCCAAGCCCACAACAAAGUCCAACGUUUAAUCCGACAAUUUCUAUCACAAGCACAGCGCAACCAACCGUUCAGUCUCUACAGCAGCAACAACAACAACAUAGUGAAGACAAAGAAAAGAUUGCAGACGAAUCUAAGCCCAGCGAAGAAACUGCAGCGGCUGUAGCUUCGACAUCGAUUCCUGCACCAACAGCCAACGAUGAUAAAGAUAAAGACGACGAUAAAGAUUCUAAGAAGAAAAAAAAUCGUUGCGCUGAAUGUCGUAAAAAAGUGGGAUUAACAGGUUUCGAAUGCCGCUGCGGUGGAUUAUUUUGUGCAGUACAUAGAUACAGCGAUAAACACGACUGCACUUUCAACUACAGGGAACACGGUGCUCAAGAGAUAAGGCGCAAUAAUCCCGUUGUGGUUGGUGAAAAGAUACAAAAGAUAUAAUGUUGUUCGUGCCAUCGCUAUAAAACACUCACACUUACACUAACACCAUACAUCCUCAGUUCACGCAAACACAAACACAACUCCCACGUAUAAUAAAAUUAAAACAAAUCGUAUAUAUAAAAGAAAACUAAAUAUUAUAUAUAAAUUAAAAAAUUUAAAUUUAUAUUAGCAUAACAAAAUUAUCCACAUGUAAUUAAUUAAAGUAAAUAAUUAUAUAAAUUCAAACUAAAUUGCAACAACCAUUCCAACAACAAACCCCAUUAAUAAAUGACGAACAACAAACACAACACUUCGACGUUUCCACGUUUUAACGUUUCAGCGCUAGACGGACCCACAUACUAAUGUGCGUUAAGGAUAAACAAAAUUAUCGCUAAAAGUAGGAUCAACAAUAAUAAUAUUAUGUUUAAAAACGGAAGUGGCAAGGAUGAAAGAAGUCAUACAGCC